GACAUGCUGUCCACCCUGACAGCAGACCAGCUGUGCCACAUGGAGGGGACCAUCAUCCUGCACAUCACCUUCGCCAUCAAGCAGGACCAGGACCUCGGCAGGGAGCUGGUCAAGUUUCUCAAGGCCGGUCAGCAGGGGUCUCUCACCAAGAUCCUCUCCCCCUUCAACGUGGCGCUGGCGCUGUCUGUGGCACGGAUCCAGAGGUUUGAGGAACCUAUCUUUGAGUUCCUGAAGAGUGCCAUCAGCCGCAGCUUCAAGGACGAACAGAUCAGGCAGGGGUCAAAAUGGGUCACAGAAAUGGUUCCCGAGUCCAGUAACGUGACGGAGUCUUUGCUGGAGACUGUGAAAAACAGCUCCUACGGUUGGGACCACGUGACACAAGGCCUGGUACAGCUGGGCUUCACUCUCAUGGACUCCUUCGGCCCGAAGCUGGGACCGGCUGGAAGGGGGGCAGAAUCACCCGGAGGGGCACCAAAGUCUCCCAACCAGCUGGCCUGCAGGCUGGGGGCACAGAUACUGGUCAACACGUUCAAGGUUCAUGAGAUGGUACGAUCCGACAUUCUGGAGCAAAUCCUGAACCGCGUCGUUACCAAGGCAACCAGUCCUGUCGCCCACUACAUCGAGCUUCUGUCCAACACGGUCAGCACAGUACCACAAACUCUGCUGGAAUGUCUGCCCAAAGUACGCGACUCCUUCGACUACCUGGCCUACCUACCUGCCGCAUGUGCCGAGGGCCUGCUCAAAGCCGUACAGCCGCUGCUGAAGCUGAGCAUGCCCCUGAAGGACACCCUGAUGCUGGUGCUGAGGAAGGCCAUGUUCUCGCGACAGGCCGACGCCCGCAAGGUGGCCGUGACGGGGUUUCUCAUGAUCCUGCGCCACUUCAGGGUGCUGGGCGGCCUCCCCUCCAGCCAGUCCUGCAGCCAGUCAUUAAGCUUCUCAUUCAGCCAGGUGCAGGUGGACAUCCACACCCCUCCCAGCAGUGCAGGCAACGAGGCUCUGUGUCUGGAGAUCCUGGGAAACCUGCGGAGAUGUCUCACUCAGCAAGCUGACGUUAGGCUCCUUUUGUACGAGGGCAUGUACGAUGUCCUGAGCAGGAACCCCCACCUGGGUCCCCCCAUCCUGGAGACGCUCCUGUCACAGUUCAGGCGGUACUACGAGGAGGAAGAUGAUGUGACGCCUCCCCUCCAGCUGGACCCCUGCAUCACAGCACAGGGCGACCAGGUCUUCCUGAUGGAGCCUCUGGGUCACCUGCUGUGCGCCAUGGUGCAGUGCCUGUUGAAGUGCCAGCAGCUGGCCAGCGAAUCAGAGGAGUCGGAGGAUGAUGAGUCGCUGGCGGCCGUCCAAUCAGAGCUGGGCGCAGUCCUGGGGUCUCUGACACGCAGGAUGAUCAAGUGCGAGAUGGAGGACUUUGAACUGGACAAGUCAGCAGACUUCUCCAUGAGCAGCGGGGUCGGUGUGAAGAACAACAUCUUCGGUAUCCUGGUCCUGGGGCUGUACGAGGUUCUGAUGGAGAACACAUGCAUGGCCGGCGACUUCGGCAAGGAGUCUUGUGAGCAGCUCCUCCAGCUGUUCCUGAACUACAACAAGCUGGCAGAAACCAUGAAGGAGAAGACAGCCAAGGGCAAGUCAGGAGGGGCCAAGGUCGCGCGCAGUCUUCUCACCAUCAGGUGUACCACAAGGAUCCUUCAGGGACUCUUCAGUGAUGACGUCCCCCAGCACCAGGAAGGGCUGUCCGUGCUGCGGGAGAACCUGGACCUGGUUCGCUACAUCGUCAGUGUGGCGCAGCAGAAAAUCCAGCAGGUCUGCGACAAGGGACACACAGACGGCAGCGAGGGAAGCAACAGGGACAAACUGUACAAGUACUGCUGCACCAUGGCCAGAGUUCUCCUGCGGAAGUUCAGCAGUGACCUGCAGACACGUGGAGAGGAGGGAAGGAGGAGCAAGGGAAAGGCGAUCAGUGCGCUGUGUCUGGAGGGUUUCUGCACCAUCGUGAACAUCGUCUGCAGCAGGUAUCCUGACCAGGUGGCAGCCUUCCUCACACAGAUAGAACCAGGAGGAGGUGAUGAUGAUAAUGAUGAAGCAGCCACCAACAUGGACGACCAGGAGAGAGUCAACUUCCACAUCAAGAGGUUCCAGCGUAUGGUGGUGAACAUCGUGACGUCCUCAGAUGACGACGUCAGCCCUCGGGACGCUGUCCAGCUUGUUAACGUCAUCUCGCUGCUGUCACGACACCUGCCACCGGACAGCGACCACCUGGUACAGCUGCACGCCUGGGUCAACCGGCUGUGCACAGAGCAGAACGUCGAUGACAGCGCGAUGACCAAAGCCCUGCUGUCCCUGCUGUUCAGUCUGACAGCACAGACCUGCACCAGCCUGACUGUCCUGAGAGACCUGGCACAGGACGUGCACAGUCAGAUGGGUGACAUCGACCAGGAUGUGGAAGUUGAGGACCAAACCCAGUUUGCUGUAGUAAACCCACGCACAGCGACCCCCGUGCUGACCCUGGUGCUGGGGCAAGCGGACCGCGUGCUGGAGGAGGUCGACUGGGUCAUCGGCAAGAUGAAGGCGGAACUGUCAGGCAGCAGCCCUACAGCUGACGAUGCCCCAUCCCAAGGCCCUACCCAGCGUGAGGGACAUGAGAAGUCUGUGUGUGUGCGGCUGGGCACGCUGGUGACGGCGUUCCAUGAGCUGGUGCAGUCUGCCAUCCCCAUGGGAGCCUGCGUGGAGGCUCUGCUCAAAUCUCUCGUCAAGCUCUACAACAACCUCACACUGCUGGCCAAAUAUUACCUUGCAAUGUAUACCCAGCGAGCAGGUCACUUGUCCCCCAGGUUUGAGAAGCUGGUGAAGCUGUCGGGAACACACCUGUCCCAGCAGGCCUACGCUCUCAUCACGUACAUACAGGCUGCCCAGAAUGAAAAGCUGGCCCAGCGGGACCAACAGAAGGGGAAAGGAGGGAAGAAAAGGGACAAGACGUCGUCAGAUGCAGUAGGACAGGCCAGGAAGGCGCAGGUUCUUCGUGAGACGAAGUCGAUCCCCGUCCUGGUGUUCCACAUCGAGCAGUACGAGCGCUUCCUCAUCCAGCUCACCAAGAAGUCAAAGGUGAACCUGAUGGAGCACAUGAAGAUGAGCACGUCGCGAGAUUUCCGCAUCAACACGGCGGCCGUGCAGAUAGCACUGCAGGAGGAACAGGAGUCAAGCUCAGAGGAGGAGAAGGAGGGGUCAGAUGAGGACAGUGAUGGCCAGGAACAGGAGAACCAGCACCCCCCAGCAAAGAAGGCGAAAACUGCAGCAGGGAAACUGUCCAAGGGGAAGGGGGGCAGAGCCAAGAAAGGACUGGCAGAAAACAAUGAAUAAUCACAGACAACAAUUGUGUUGAAGGACCAGACUUCCUUUUGCAGUUCAGCUUUAUGACUCACCAUCUUAUUACAACUGUUGCGACUGGCAGAAACCAAUGAUUAAUCACAGACAUGCCUGUAGCCAGGAUUUUGAAUAGGGUGGUUCUUCCGACUGCUUGAGGCGACCAGCGAGCGCUGUAGGCGCGAGGUUCCUUGGGGGUCCGGGGGCAUGCUCCCCGGAAAAUUUUGAAAAAUAAACCUUCG